AUAUAAAUAUAGACUAGAGUCUACGGCUGAUGCCUUGACGCUAGUCGAUUAAUUUUAACUUUUUUAUUGACAUAAAAUUUUAUUUACUGAAAACGACGCACUUAUUAUGUUUAUUAUAUAUUAAAUCAUUUUAUUUGAAUGUCUUACUUAAGGACAUUUUUAAAAUCUGUUUUAUGGAUCGAAUCUUUGUAUAGUUGCGUGUAAUAACAUUUUAACAUGUGCGUGAAAGAAAUGUCACUACAGAAGAAUAGAUAGAGUACCUACCCUACCUACGUAAAAUUUUAACUAUUGACAAUGUAGGGUAUUAAAGGCUGAAUUUAGCUUCUAAACGUGAAUUUUGUGCCGUACCGUCGCAGGAGUAAUAAUCCGUUGUGAUGUUAAAAAGAAGAUUCGGUUAGCUGGGCUGGGUUUUGAUAGCCGGCUGGCUUGUCGUAGGUGACUUUACAUUGGCUUCCUAUAAAAAUGAACAGUCGCAGCAGUGUAAAUGAAACGAAUUUGGUGAACUUCUCGGCGGAUCUUUCUAACCAGUUGGACUCGAAAGACGGCUUGCUGAGUUUUCCCUUCGACCACAUCUACGCAUGCCACUCGCAAAGUUCGGAUCGAAGCCAACCUCUGGACUUGGAAAAGGAGAUUGAAAUAUCCACACACUGUAUUGUGGAAGAUGAGAGCUCCCCCGAAGUGGCAAAGUUGAAUGAGCAAGUUGUUGUAGCUGAGAACCAAAACAGAAAACUAAAGGACUUGAUGAUCUUUCACCUGGACCUCAUUCAACAACAGAACGAGCUAAUUACAAAGAGGGACAAACUGUACAUUGCUUUAAAGCAGGAAAAUGAUGCACUUAAAGCUAAGCUGAUUCGAAUGGACAAACGAGUUGGGUUUACUCCAAGGCAUACCCAGCAACAUAUCCCAUCAUCUACUAUUACAUCAAGCGUGAUUAAAGCUGAACCAAGCACUUCUCAGAUGAUAUUAAACAGUUUUCGAGAUUUGCUUCCACCAGAUCAAGGAAAUUCUCUGAUUUCUGAGAAGAAUAAGGCUUUUGGGCAUGAAACUUUCGGAAUAGCGAGGGUCAAGCUGGAACCACCUGGAUCCCCAACAUACAAUCCGCCCGAAAUAUUACCCCCUAUAGUCAAAGUACCGCCACCAGUGGUAGAGAAACUGAAGCCAAUUGGUGAUCCCUACAAAAUGAUUGAUAAUAAACGUUCGCUGGUGAAGAAAGACGUGAAGACUGAAAGCCGUUCUGAAGCACUGUAUACAGUGACUUCUAACAGCGGCAACCCGAUAAUCCAAAGAAUACACAAGAAUAGACGUAAAUCAAAUAACAUUGGAAGCCUGAGCCGCAUGUCAAAGACGCCUAAAGCUAUACCAGCAACAGCCACAUCUUUAAGUAAAGUACCAGAACCAAACCAAAGUUACGAUAACACUUAUGGAUUUAAUAAGAAAUCCAAAAUGAUAAACACCUAUGGGAAGUCGCGGAACUCUACAACUAUUCCGAAACGAACUAUGCAUUUCACGGGCUCUCUCUCUGAUAGACUGCAACUUAUCGAUACAACUCCAACUGGAGAAGAUCCGUACCAGCUUGGCGAGGCUGACAUGAGGGAGCAGUCCCCGAUCCCAAAACUCAUGCUGCAGAAAACUAACCACGGCCGUAUGAAGAUUUGCAAUGAUUCUAUGGGCGGUACAGGCACACGACGCAUCUACGAUAUGCCUGAUACCAAAGCAAAGAUAAACAGGUUCAUGUCUGUCUACGAACAGCCAAAAAAAUCGCAACCUAAAAAGGAGCAGCCUAAUAAGGAACAACCUAAAAGGGUGCAGCCUAAGAAGCAGCAGCCUAAAAAGGACCAAACAAAAAAGGAGCAGCCCACAAAGACCAUAAUUGUCCAUGAACCGGAUUUGGACAUGAUCAAAACUGAGCCUGGAAUCGCUUGGCCUUCAAACAUGUUUGAUCAACAGGUGAAUGAACCCAGUAUGUGCGAUUUCUCCUACGGCGAGUCUGCUGCAUACUUGCCUAGUUUGGAUGCCACUGAAUUCCAAGAGUUAUUUACAUCCGAUUCUGCUCUCGAAUUGGAUCACUUGAACCAGUUGGAUGAUCCACCAGAAAAACUGGUCCCAGAUAAGACGACAAAGCGUCGAAUGGUGCGUACAACCAGCUUAAUGGUGCCAGACGUUAAAGAGGAAGUUACGGAUUCAAAACGUGGUAUGGAAAGUCGUCGUGGCAGAAAACGGGCUUUUUCUACAACAGGCCUGGUCAAGCCGCAACCACCAAAGACCCAACCGAAACCAAAAACUGCAAAGGCAAGAGGCGGGGCUGCUGCCCGAGGAAAGGUAUCGCCAUUGCCAGAUUUAACGACUUUAAUAGCGUAUGAAACUUUGGUCGGUGAUUCAGAUUUGUCGUGGUAUUAUGGCCUAGACCCCAAUUUGAAACGCGAAGAUUUGGAUCCUCCUGUGGGCAGCCAAGCUUCAACGGUUGAGGUUCCCCGGUGGCGUAUAAAGCAUUACACUAGUAGUUAUACACUAGAGGGCACAGAAAAUCUUGAUGAUAAGGUAUUUGAAAAAAGGCACCAAAAAUAUGAAGCCGAGGAGAGGAGGCAAUUAAAGUGGCAUAUGAGGAGGAUAAGGGAACAACGCCAUGUUGAGAAACUCCGUCAAAGGCAACGGGACUCCUGGUGCAGUUCACCCGUUAAUCAACCUUCUGUAUAUACUGUGUGGCCUCGACCUCAAAGGGAUGCAGAGUUUAUUGAAACAACAAAAGUGUUACCUGUAAAUGCUUUCGGGGAACCUGUGCCAAAGAUGCCUGACUCAAAUUUCAAGUUACCCUGGGUACGGUCAUCCAAACCUAUGAAGCGAUCUAAAAGAUCAAAAACUCUGCAUUAAAGUCUACAAGAUUUGUAUUUAAAUGUGAAAAUUGUGUGGUAUUCAAAAGGCUAAAAUACAGAACUAAGGUUGACAUUUAUAAUAACCUUAGUAAAAUUUAUUAAUAUUAAACAAAUCUAAAUGAUUUGUAGUAAGCUGAGCAAAAUAUUCUGUAACAUUUUUUGGAAUUGAAAAUGACAACAUCGCGUAUACAAUGUUUAACAAACUCUUACGUAGUAUGUAGUUAUUAGUCAUGAGUUCAAAUUGUAUGGAGUCUUUUGCUUUAAAAUAAAUUAACUUUUUAUGAAAUUACUGAGUGCCCCGGGGUAAUACACGGUGGUUCAUUUAUGUAGGUACAAAUAAUGGUCUAACCAUUGAUGAGCCGUACAAUCAGAAUAUAAAAAAAUCGUGGUUUUCUAAACAGUUUUAUGCUACGCUCUGCAUAAAAAAAUACGUUAAGUGUUUACAUUUCAGUUGUUUUAGGCUUAAUAAAGACUAGAUUUAAAAUUAACCCACUAGGGACGAAAGUCGACGAAGUUUCCGAAAUUCGUUAUCAAAUAUUUUUUUUACACAUUUCGGUUAAAUGAUGACAUCCGGAUAACACUGUAAAAAAAACCUUCUAAUUUUGAAGACCGUGGAAGACCGGGACAAGCUAGGCUCAUAAGAGUACAAAAAAUCCGAUUUUGUCUUAUUACUUAGAAAUUAAAACGAAAUAAAACAUGUGAGACACAGCCCAACGUCCAUUUUUUUUAAACGGCUCUGUUACGCCAUUUUUUUAUUGAUAAGUAGUUUUCUUCAUCGUAUCUCACUCCUUCCAAAAUUAAAAUGUAAAUGAGGCAAAGUCAGGAAGAUCUGAAUUCUUUCACAUGUAAGACCUUACGUCUUCUUACCUGUGGAUGUACCAAAGAUUCAAUCAACACACCAGACGUUGUCUGCAUAAUCCACAUUCUAAUGUCUGGAGGCUCAAUAUUUGAAAGUUUUAAAGGCUUUUUCUAUUUCUUGGUCCGAAACAAAACUACUCGCACGCAUUGAUAAAAUUAAUUACUGAAGUAAAAUUGCUUUUAAUCAUUAAAUAGUGUAUGAAGCUAUUUUUUUAGAAUAACAACGGAUGGCGGCGGUCUAUAGUUUUUUCAAAAGUGCUUGUAAACUAAGCCGAAUUGAAAUUAAAUAAUUUUGAUAUUUUAUGAUCAUUUGAUCUUAUGGUCACAUAAGUCUCUAGUGGGUUAAGAUGUACAAAUUGUCACAAUGAGUUAGAUUUCGAGUCACUUAUAUUUUAGGCUCUGUAUUCUAUGUAUACAGGAUGCUGGGGGCUAUAUUCUUUACCGAAAAUUAAUUAAAAAUGUCCAAAGUACAGGUGUUCCAAAAUUGAUUGUUUAGGAGUAAAUAAUAUUUCUUUUGUAAAUAAAUCUUAAAAUGUGUCCCUUAUACGCAUCCUUAUAAUUAUUUUGAAGCCAAACUUUAAAAUUUUAAAAUGCAAGGAUAGAAAAGAAUAAAAAAUAAAGGCGUGUGUUACACGGAUAAAACGGAGUUAUUAGAAUUACUUUGAAAUGAAUAAAUUAUAAAUGAAAACAAAAAAGUACUUAUUUUAGUUAAAACUUAUAGUUAUGGGAAAUACUCCCCAGCACCCUGUAUACACAAUUUCACAUGCGUUGUAUAUAGCUUUGUUAUCAGAAGACAAUGAUGUUUUUCAUAUUUAUUAUCUGCUUUAGUAUUUAAUAUAGUAAUCAAUCGAUGUGUAUGACAAAAAACAUCUACAGUAGAUAAUUUCAGCUGAAAAAAUACCGAGUAUAUACAUAUAUAUAUACAUAUAUAUAUAUAUAUAUAUAUAUAUAUAAUACUCGUAUAUAAAUGUAAAUCGUCUAUCUAUGAAAUGUGUCAUUUCCGUUAAAUACCAUAUAUGUGUCACAGAACCUUUAUUGGUUAUCACUUUUAAGAUAUAUGAUUGUCUUGCCAUGUGAAGAUUUUGUCUUUACUAAAUAGAUGUGAUUAAAAUUAUUGGACCAGGCAUCUCAACCAAUAGUUCAAGAUUCAAUGGCCGCAAAACUUUUUCUAAUGAACUUUCUAAUUAACUUUGUAGGAAAUUAGACUAAAUUAAAUAGGUUGUGAUAUUUUAUUGUAAUACAUGAGUUUUUUUUUAAUUUUACUAAUAAUAAUAAUGACAUUUUAGGUAUAGCAUCACAUUAUGCAUAAUAUCUAAAAAAUUAUUUAUACUUGCAAGAUAUAUUAAAAUACUUGUUAGUUUUUUCAAAGUUUUGUUGUUUUUGGCAAAAAUACUCAUCUCUUUUUCAAUCAACGUUAAUGAUUUUAUUGUUUAAUGACAAACAACAUCUUUGUUUGAAAAAAUAUUGUUCAAAGAUUCAUGAUUUUUUUUAUACAGUUUACAGAGACGAUGUAUUCCAAUGUUAUUUUUCAUUAUUAUUUAAUGGCAAAUAUACUCGUACAUUAACACAUUUUUUUAUGUAUGCUUGCAAUGAUUUUUCAAGUUAUUUCUUUGUUUUCAGAGAAAAUUGAUAUUGAAUUAGUGUAUAUUUCAAUUAGUGUAUAUAUACACUAUUUUUUUAUUUAUGACUAUUGUCUAAAUUAUUUGUUUCUAUGUGACAUAUAUGACAAUUAGUGCUGUUUUCUAAUGACAAAUAAUAACAUCCCUUUUUAAAUAUGUCAUGCAAAGACUCUUGAAAGUUAUUGGUUUCGUUAACGGAGAAAAUCAGUGAUAAAUUUUUUUGCUUAAAAUGUCAAAUAUUACAAAAUACAUUAAUGAACUAUUUUUCAAUAUAAUCACGUAAAAAGGUUCCUGAAACUAAUUUUUUCAACUAAAUUUAUAUGAUAAAGUCGGAUUUGCGGAGUAGAAGACCGUUCUAUUAGAAUAUCUGACUGCUGGUAUUUAGUAAUGAGUAAGUCAUAAAUAAUGAGAUAAAAUCAUAAAAUGAAAUCAUGUUACAACACUUUUACAAAACGUCAUUACGUCAGUUAUUAUAAGUAAUAAUAUAUAUUUACUUGUAACCUUUUAGGGUUCCGAACGUAUUUAUUAAAUGGUUCCCCCUUUACUACACUUCGUGUAAACCAAAUAGUAAAUAUAAAGUACUUUGUAUUGUAAAUUAUGUAAAUAUUUUUAGGAUAUAAAUAAGAAUGUUUUGAGUUUUCGAUUAAGUUCGAUCAGUUGCUUUAAGGUUUGUUUGCACUGCAGAACUGUCUUUAUUUACACAGUCCAUUAUUUUGUUUUAUUUUUUUUUGUCUUUUUAUAUAAUAUCAUAAGAUGAAUGCCAUGUAUUCUAGGGUGUAUGAACAAAAUAUUAAACUCUUCCAUUUAUAUAUAAUAUUGAUGUCUUAGUAUCCAUGUAUUAUGUUCGCAGCAGUGGACAUAGAAUUCUACGAGUGACUCAGAUUGAAAUAAAAUUACACAAGUAUGCAUAAUAUAAAAAGAUUAUAGAUAAUAAAUAUAAUUUAAUAUAAUUAUGUUAUAAUAAUCUCUUGCAACUAAUUAAGUGGACGUAACUAAUUAUUGAUGAUUAGUUUUAGCUCUUAUUCUAUGUCCAGGUUGUAUGUAUAUUUUUGAGAUUGUAAUAUAUUAAACGGUGACAGUUGUCUAUUCCUUUACGAUGGUAAAGACAAGUUUAUAAAAGAUAUCUUUCCAUGUAGUAUUAUACAAUCAUGUUGUACUAGCCUAGAAUUCGUUAGUAUGAAGUGGGAAGUCACAUUUUGCAAUAGCAUUCUCGCUCUAUUGUAAUUUAUUAGUGUGUGAGAGGGUUCACUUUUCGUUUAUUUGUGGCAUAUUCUGUUUGCGUUGUAUUUAAAAUAAGGAGUAGUAAGAAGUAUUUGCAGUCUGUGAUCUCUCAUACAGGGCUCUAGAGCGCCCAAACAAGUGUCUCCGCUUGGAUUUCUUAAAACUACGAACCAAAACAUUAAUGGGUUCCUAAACUUUCCUGUUGGGUAGCUCUGCUAUCCUUUUUGCUAACUCGGUCGUUUUCAAAUUCACUGUGCGCGUACUUAAGCAUGGUUUGUGGCACGUUUAAAAGGGUCGCUUCACUUAGUCGGCGAUUCAAAAAUAGUAUUUUGCAGCUUAGCUCUGAUGGAUAAACAUUAAAUGUUUUAAAGGUUGACCACAAUUUUUUGAAAGUUACCGAGUAGUUCCAAGCUAACACUCAUUUCUCUUAAUUGUUGAUUGUUUACAGUGAAUAAAUGACGAUGAUGGGGUUCAGAGAUCCCCAGUAUUUCGAAAUCUUGCUUUUUAGGAGCAGCAGCUAAGGCGAUCUAAAAUAUAAGUACUCUAUUAAUUAGGGUUGUCCCUCUAGCUGUUUUUGACUAACUCCUGUAUUGAAAGCAUUAGAACUAAACAAACAAAAUUAUUCAAAUCAGUCAAAACGUUCCAGUUGUAUCCAAACUAACGAACAUCAAGUCAUAUAUAGCUAAAAAGGUGUAUUUGUCUGUAAACAAUGAAUAAUUAAAUAUACGUAUUAUAUAUUAAGUAAGUGGAAUUAGAUUUAAUCUGUAUUACAUUUAAUUGUGUGUAAUGUUGUACGAGUAUAACCUAAUGAAAUUUCAUAAUCGUGUUUAAAUAAAAUAUUGCAUUGUCGUAGCAUUGAUAAUAUGACUUUUUGCUUAAUAUAUCUAUUCUGUAAAUGUUUGUCGUUGUGGGGACGUCAAUGUAAAAGCUUGUUCCGGUAUGUCGCGUAUUUGAGAUUAUAUAUAAAAGGAGAUCGACCAUGUUUCAUACAUUGCAGGGCCCAAAACUGAUGGAAUGAACCGUUACAAUGUUCAAAUUAGUGUAAUUUAUUAUAUAAUAAUAUCAAUUUCAAACUGGUUUAAUUUUUGAUUGAUUGACAGUUGCAUAAUCGAGAUAUACACGUAGCAAGUACGUUAUAAAAUAAAAUAUACACAUUUCAAAAAAAAAAUAUGUUUUUCAACUGUAAAUUCUAUUUAUUUUUACUAGCUGACGCUACGCGGAUUCACCCGCGUGAUUCUCGUUCCCGUGGGAAUACGGGGCUAAUAUAUAGCGUAUAGACUUCCUCUAUAAAUGGGCUAUCUAACACUGAAAGAAUUUUUCAAAUCGGACCAGUAAGUAGUUUCUGAGAUUACCGCGUUCAAUCAAACAAAUAAACUCUUCAGCUUUAUAAUAAUAGUAUAGAUAAAAGACAGAAGACUUCUAUAUUAAUUAUUUAUAUUUUCGUAUUUCUUUUUCUGAAACGUACUGGGCCUAAAUUGGUCGGCCUCCUUUAUACGGUUGUACACAGUGAAGCAACGAAUUCUUUUCGCAGCCGCUAUUGAAACGACGACCCGCAUUGAGUUUGUGAUAAAAAGGUAUUAAGUAGUACAUUUUUGAAAAAAAUAUAUAUGUAGUUUAAAGUACUCAGUACUCGUACGACCUUCAUAAUUGCUCGAUGUCUACAAUUUUAUAUAAGAUCUCAUUAAAUAUAUCUUAAAUAUUGUUAAAUAUAAUAUUGGAUAGUUGAGUGCAACUAAUCAAACUAAAAACUCUUUCUUUACACUAGUUUUUCUUUCAGCAUGUUCGUUUGAAAGCUAGUGUGAAGGUGCACUUAGCUGUUAUGAAAAAUAUUUCUUUUUUUCACCAGCAUAUCACUCGAUUCCAAAUCGGGAUGCCAAUUUUGUCUUUAGAUGUAAAGUAUAUUUUCGAAUAACUAUUAUUGUAUAUUAGUUAAAGUAGGUGUUAAAAAAUGGCAUUUAAAUAAUCUCCCUUUAAAGAGGUGUCUCUGUGUAUUGUAAUUCUGGUGAAUUUAAGUAGCUUAGUAUUUAUCUUUCCCACUAAACUCCUAUGAUUACGAUUCAUGUGAUACUUCAGAUUAAGUUGUAAAGUAUUUGGAAUUAAAGGCUCUUCGAUUCUA